AUGUUUAAGAAGAUCGGAAUUACAGAUUAUAAGCAUCUCGAAUCUGGUACUUUCUUUAUGGUUUUUCAAGGAAAAAUACAAAAUUCGAAUGUCGUAUUAAAAGCGUAUGAAUAUACAGCCGAAAUAAUAUCCCUUGAAGAAGCAAAACGGUCUCUAGACUUCUUUACCAAGCUAGAAGAAUAUUCACUAAAUCUCCCAGGAAUUGUGAAAUAUACAGAUUUAAAGUGUGAAGGAACAACGGCAUUUUUGAUUCGUCCAAAGUUCCAAACAUCCUUAGAAGACCUUCUUGUUUUCCAGGAACCUCCUAUUACAAUGGUCGAAAAGCAAUGGAUUGCUUAUCAAGUUUGUAUCAUAUUACUAAGACUUCAUCAAAGUGGUCUCUACCAUUCUGAUCUAAAGCCCUCCAAUAUUUUCGUCUCAGAUUCUUUCUUUACAUAUGUUACAGACUUAGCCCCAUACAAACCAGAGACAAUAUCUCCAAAUAGAAUGAAUCUAUACUAUCACUUCUUCACUACGAGCUCGACAUCAGGAUAUUACUUAGCUCCCGAGCGUUUUACGAACGAACAAAAGAAAAUUGAUAUGAAAGCAGCCGAUUUAUUCAGUUUAGGCUGCGUUUUAUACUUCAUUUUCUCUGAUGGCAAACAUUUAUUCGACGUUAUGUCUGGAUUGAAGUACGGUUGUGGAGAAGAUACAAUUUCUGAUAAAUUAUCUAAAGUUGCGGACGAAAAAAUGCGAAAUUUAAUCAAGAGCUUAAUAUCAUUAGACAUUACCAAGCGAUUAGAAGCAGAAAAUAUGAUUCUACAGUCGUUUUCAGAGCAAAUGAAAGUUUUAUUCGACAUGUUUCGUAGCUUUUCACUUAACAACGAUUUCGAUGCAAAUACAGAUGCAGAAAAACUUCUCGAUGUAGCCAAACUUGGCGAUGAUGAUUACAAAAUCAUUGUUAUCGAUUAUAUGAACGAUAUAAUACAAAGAGACUUAUUCACAAGUAACUUUUACGUAUUCUUCGAUGCAUACACUCAAAUUGUCAAGCCAAUUCCCGACGAUUUUAAAGUUAUCAGAUGUAUUCCAACACUUUCUCUUCUAAUCGAAAAAUACGACUCACCAAGUUUACAUUCACGUGUUUUACAAGUUAUUUACGAGAUGCUUUCUACAAUUCAUUCAGUUCCACGAGAAUUUCGAGGUAUAUUUGCCAGUUUCUUAAAUCCUUUACUAGAAAAAGCCUCUAACAGGAGCGAGCGAACCAGAGAUAUCAUUGCCAGCUUCCUUCCUAAAUACGCUUGCGAAUUGGAGAGAUUAACUCCUAUGACUUACGAAAGAAUCGCAAUUGACUUUUCUUUCAUCACUACAACAGACAAUAUCAAUGUAUUCACCAUAUUUACAGAGUCAUUGAUCGCUCAAUCCUCUCACGGAAUCAGAUUAUUAAAUACAUUCCUUUUUUCAUUGCUAAGUAUGUUCAAUUUCACCGAAGAAAGCUUCAAGAUCAUCACAAUGAAGGUAUUCGUCGCUUUCUACGAGAAUUCUGCUCCAAAUGAGAUCAGAUUUUUCUCAGAACAGUGCAAUGAGUCCAUUUUACCUGUUUGCCAAGAUUUGCUUUCCAGAAACAUCUCCAACGGUCUUCUUAUUGCCAUCCUAGACCUCCUAGAUGUAGCGUUCAGUCGUGGAAUGGCCGAAAAAACUUACGGAUACGCUUUGUUACCGAAAUUCAAUGAACUCUCGAGUUCUACAGAUACAGAAGUAAGGUACAAGACUCGUAAGUUGAUGUACAUGUUCCCGCGACCAAUAACAGCUACAUUAUUCACUGAUCCAGGCCAAUUCAUUGACAUGUCGUAUAAAAACUCUAAAGCAGUCAGAAAAAACAUUUACACUUCACCGGGGAAUGUUGUUACUUGUCCUAUUGUCAAACCGAACUUCUGUCGAGUUUUUAGAAGAGACAACCAGCCAAUCAACUUCAUCGACGGCAUAGGAACAACAGACAAUUACGUUGUUUUGCUUGGCGACAACAAAAUCAUGUAUUUGAACACUAAAGACACAAAUACUAUGGAUAUUGACUUGAACAGAACGAAACUGUUGAAGAACAAAGCAACAGCAAUGGCUGCUCUCGAGAAUUCUUUGGUUGUAGGACAUGAUAAUGGUGAAAUCUAUUUAAUUGAUCAUAAAUUGUUCCAAAAAACAUUGAUAGAAACAGGAAAUGCACCUGUAAAAUCAAUUUUAGCAUUGAAUGAUACGAAUUUCAUCGCUGGAUUCAAUGAUGGAAUGAUUUCUCUUAUUGAUACAAGAGAAAACAAUUCUAAGAAUACGUUUAGUUUCACAGGAAUUAAUGAUAUUUCCGUUUUAUCACAUGUUUACGGUGUAGAGAAUGUUGCAGCAAUAGGAUUUGGAGAAGGAGUUGUUUCUUUGUUCGAUGCAAGAGUUAUGAAACCUGUUUGGUUGUCGACUUGUCCUCCUGUCAACCAUUUAGUUCAUUUGGAAAGUCCUUCAAAUGGUUGUUCUUUCUGCGUUGUUUCUGAUUCUUCUGCUUACGUAAUUACUGAACCAACACACACGAGUUUGUCAUCAAUUCCUGUGACAAAUGUUGUGGCUGCUCCUUACAAAGGUGCUGCAAUUGUUUGCAGUAAUAAUGGUGCUUUGCUGAUGCAUACUUCUCAAUGUUUUGAUUUGUAUGAUAACGGCGUUUAUCCUGUUGGAACUCCAAGACACGAUUGUCCUUUAACUCCUCACACAGCGAAGUUGACAUCAAUGUGUGUGCAUAAGUCUGCACUGAUUACAGGUGAUGAAGCUGGUUUCAUCAAUUUCUGUAAAUUGGCAAGAAGAAGACAAUCAAGUGGAUCUGGAGAUCCUGUUACAGAACAAGAUGAAUAA